ACCGGGAUGGAGCCGCGGCCCAUGGAGCUGCUGAGCAGCAGCCUGGCGGCCUUCGCGCACGUGCGAGACAACCCCGAGAGCUUCGGCCUCUACUUCGUGCUGGGCGUCUGCGCGGGGCUGCUGCUCACGCUGGGGCUGCUGGUGCUGCGGCGCUCGUGUCCCCCGCGCCCGCCCCACCGCGGCGGCAACAAGGACGAGGACGAUGACGACGACGAGGAUGAUGAUGAGGAGGAGGAAGACACCAUCGACCGGGCGGCCUCCGAGUCACUGCUGCCGGCCACAGAGCUGCCUCAGGAGAGCCAGGGCACCGUCAACGUGUUCGCAUCGGCUGAGGAGCUGGCGCGGGCGCAGCGGCUGGAGGAGCGCGAGCGGAUCCUGCGCGAGAUCUGGCGCACGGGGCAGCCCGACCUGCUGGGUGCCGCCUGCCCGCCCCGCUACUGA